AUGUUCUUCCUAAUAAGCUCGUCUGCUUCUGCUAAGCUAGUGAUGCCAAACAAUAAUGAGCUCUUAGAUGUUGUAGAUUGUCCAAGGUCUUUCAAUCGUACAUCAUUUCCAAAUGAUUUCAUAUGGGGGACAGCCGCAUCCGCUUACCAGUACGAGGGUCAUGCAAACCAAAGUUGCAGAGGUCCGAGUAUAUGGGACACUUUUACUGAAGACUUUCCAGAGAGGAUAGCUGAUGGCAGCACUGGCCAACAGGGAAUUGACUUCUACAAUCGCUAUGAGGCAUCUCAGAAUGGGCAGAUUGGGAUAACACUCAAUGCUCGUUGGUAUGAACCAUACUCUAACAGCACUGAUGACAUUAAUGCUACCCAAAGAACUCAUGAUUUCAAUCUUGGUUGGUUCAUGAAUCCUAUAACAUAUGGUCACUACCCGGACAGCAUGAGAGACUUGCUUCAAGAUAGAUUACCAAAUUUCUCUACAGAGGAUUCUGCGUCUCUAAAUGGAUCUUAUGACUUUCUUGGAUUAAAUUACUAUACUGCAUAUUAUGCAGGAAAUGCUAAUGCUUCCGAUCCAGAGCAUCGAGAACGAGAUGGAGUCCCUAUUGGUCCACAGGCUGGUGCAAAAUGGCAGUAUAUCUAUCCAGAGGGGAUGCAAAAUAUUUUGAAUUACAUCAAUGCCACAUACCAGCAUCCUAUAAUUUACAUCACUGAAAAUGGCUACGGUGAAGCCAUUGGCACGGAUAAAUCGCCAAAGGAGACCCAGGUUGAUUUAGAAAGGAUAAAAUACCAUUGUGACCAUCUCAUGAAUGUUCGAGCAUCUAUGGAUGAUGGAGUUCAAGUCAAAGGUUACUUUGCAUGGUCUUUUGCCAACAACUUCGAAUUUGCAGAUGGAUAUACAAUAGGGUUUGGUUUGAUGUACGUAAACCUUACAUCUGAUUUCGAAAGAGAGAAGAAGCUCUCAUCGUGGUGGUUUUCUUCUUUCCUUUCGGCGAAAUUGGAUGAUCCACCAUUAAAUUUCAAGAGACUAAGAAUCGCUUGA